GUUUUUGCAGUGCUGGACAUUAACCCAUGGCCUCACAUAUGGUAAACAAGAGCCCUACUACAGAGCCAUACCUCCAGCCCAAGAAUAUAAUAGAUUUAUCUGAUAGCAUUCUUCAGAAAUAUUGGCAGUUUCCUAGCUGAAUUACUCAGUUUUAUAUGUUGAUUGGUUUUGUAUCUUGCAUGAUCCCAAGGACCUCAAAUUUGCAAACAUCUUUGUAUAUACUAUUUGUCUUAAAAUGUUUACACAGUCUAGAUCUUUUAAGUUUUGUUAUUCUCCCCUCCUGUCUAUUUCUUAAGCAUACAUAACCAGCAACAUUUAUGGCAGUUGGUUUGUAGCUUCUAGUUGAAGCUAGGGAAGAAUGAGUUGUCAGAAAUUGGUCACUUUGAAUAUGGAAGGGAAGAUACACACAAGGCUUUCUACUGUACAUGUUUCCUGCCUUGGUUGGCAGAUAGAUGGCACAGAUCAAGAAUUCAAGAUGGUUGGUGGUCAGACUUUUGUGGACAGAGAUGUUAUAUUUAGUUUCAUCUUAGAUUUUUUGAGAACUCAUCAACUUUUAUUACCCACUGCUCAUUAUUUUUGGCUCAGAGAGGCUCUUUUCUAUGAACUCCAUAAUUUGGUUGAACUCUUCAAUCAGCACCUGCUGUCGUGGAGGUGCAUUUCCUGAGAUGAAACACUCAAGGUUUUUGGAGUAUUUGGCUCUUGCAGCGGAACAGUUGAGAUGUUAACUGGAAGGAUUACAGUGUUUACAGAGCAGGCUGCAAUGACCUUACUCCUGCUGCCUCCAAAAAGACCUAUUUACCAUGACCUAGUUUUCCAUUGUGCCUCUGAUGGCACUGCUGAGAACCAAAUUGGAAUCAGGUAUGUUUCUGUAAAACCUAAUAACCGAAAAUUGGUCAGUGGAACAAAUGUCAUUGGCUUACUUACUGACACUUCAUUACAUGAAUGUUUUUAUCUGGCUAGUACUAAAGCAGUAUCCUUGGAAGACAACAGUGAAUGCUACGGCUUUGCAAAGAUAAAAAGUCCUGAAGCCCCUAGCAUGGAAAAAACCAGAAAACCAGAGACUACCAUCAGGCUAGAGGAACCUGAGAAAAAGAAAUGA